AUGGGCUUUCUGCUGGCUCUACAUCGGGGCCUUCUGGAACCCUUUGGUGCGGCCAUCGGCGGGUUUCGCUUUCGGACGCGGCUCAGUAACCUGCAUGUAACGGUCCUCAAUUGUGAUGUGGUGCCGCCCGCGACCUCCCUCAAUGCCACUUUCGCGCCACUGCUACCGCAGCUGGCCCCGGUUCCCCUGGCCACGGGGCUACUGGCCGCCGCCAUAUGGAACUCCUCAAAUCCGCUGUACGACAAGCUGCGGUGGGAGAACGGCACCUGUCCUGGGACGAGCAGUACGGCAGUGCCAGGAGUAGGGUUAUGUGGCACACUGGAGCAGGAGGCGGCGUGUUUGGCGUCGCUCUCCAAUAAGGUGCUCCAGGGGGGUCCCUGGGCGGUACUGUACUUUCCCUCCACCUUCACCUCGUCGUACCUCAGCUGGUUUGCCGGGUCGGGCAUUGCCCCGCAGAACCAGCGCCCCGUGUCCCAAUACGUGUAUGCGCGGGGUCGGGACUACAGCACGUGCUCGUACCUGAGCGCCAUCAUCGCCAACACGCUGGUGCCCGGACUGAGCAGCUCUCUGACCUGGGGCCUGGCCAACAACCCGGGGGUGAUGAGGGGGCUGUCGCCCGGGUUUCUGGCGACAGGCAUAUCUCUGCAGCAAGUGGACCUGGCACCCGUCAACAACUUCGGUCAGCAUUUCGCCACCUACAUAUUUUGUGUCUUGUUGUGGCUGGGUAGCUCAUUUGUGGUGGUUUCCAGCUACCAGUUCAAACUGCCCUCCGAGGCCUUAUUGCUGAAUCCUAGCAACCACAUGCGAGCUAGAGAUGUGGUCCAGGGGGUCGCGGACACCACCACCAACACCACCACCAACAACAACAACAACUCGCUACAACAGCAGCAGCAGCAGGAGGAGGAGGAGGAGGUGGUUUCUCUCCGUCUGGUACGGCUUAGUCAGGUGGCUCGAGCAGUGCUGGUGAAGGCGUUGGUGGCGUCUGUAUUUAUGUUUGUCCUGGUGGUGCUGCUGUGUGUGGUGCUGUUCGCUCUCGGUCGGGGUACGGAGCAAUGGCACUUAAACCCCGGAUAUGCCAUGGCCUUUGGGUGGUACAUGUCCUGGUCGUUUGUUUCCAUCAACGCGGUGUUGCUUCACGUUAUGGGUAUUGAACGGUUCUCCUCCAUAUCGGCCCUGCUGCUCAUUCUGCAGCUCACGUCAGCGUCAGGCGUCCUGAGCACGGACCUGUCCAACCGCUUCUUCUACAUCGGCAAGGGGCUGCCGUUCUUCUACGGAGUACGCGGAUUCCGUACAAUCUUUUUCGGCGCACUGCAGGACAAGAUGUACAUCAACUGGCUCGUAUUCACGGUGGGGGCCUACAAUGUGGUGCUCGGCCCCUUAGGAGUACUGCUUGUCGUACACCGGGUUUGGUCGGUACCCAGUCGGGCUGCGAAGCAGCAACGGGGGGGUAGUGCAGCGGAGGGGGUGGGGGAGGUGGUGUUGCCUGUGGCGGUAGCGGGAACUGGCUGA